GGACCCGCGCGGGCCGAGGACGCCGUGCAGCUGGACUUCUCCACCGAGCGGCCGGCGCGCCAGGUGAGCCCCGCCUUCCUGUCCUUCACCAUCGACGCCAACCUGGCCACGAACCCGCGGUUCCUCACCUUCCUGGGUUCUCCAAAGCUUCGUACUUUGGCCAGAGGUUUGUCUCCUGCAUACCUGAGAUUUGGUGGCACCAAGACGGACUUUCUCAUUUUUGAUCCCAAGAAGGAGCCAAGUUUUGAAGAGAGAAGCUACUGGCAAUCUCAGUUCAACCAGGAUAUUUGCAAAUCUGGAUCCAUCCCUUCGGACGUUGAGAAGAGGUUACAGUUGGAGUGGCCGUUCCAGGAGCAGUUGCUGCUCAGAGAACAGUAUUAUAAAAAGUUCAAGAACAGCACUUACUCAAGGAGCUCAGUGGAUAUACUGUAUACUUUUGCAAGUUGCUCAGGACUGGACUUGAUCUUUGGUCUAAAUGCCUUACUACGAACAGCUGAUUUGCAGUGGAACAGUUCUAAUGCUCAGUUGCUCUUGGACUACUGCGCUUCCAAGAAUUAUAACAUUUCUUGGGAACUAGGUAAUGAACCCAACAGUUUCCAGAAGAAGGCUGGUAUUUCCAUCGAUGGAUUGCAGUUAGGAGAAGAUUUUAUUAAGUUGCAUAAACUUCUAGGAAAAUCUGCUUUCAAAAAUGCAAAACUCUAUGGUCCUGAUGUUGGUCAUCCUCGAGAAAAGACUGUUAAGCUGCUGAGAAAUUUCCUGAAGACUGGGGGAGAAGUGAUUGAUUCAGUUACAUGGCAUCACUACUACUUGAAUGGACGAACUGCUACCAAAGAAGAUUUUCUAAACCCUGAUGUGUUGGACAGUUUUAUUUUACCUGUGCAAACAAUUUUUCAGGUUGUUGAGACGACCACGCCCCACAAGAAGGUUUGGUUAGGAGAAACAAGCUCUGCAUACGGAGGUGGAGCACCCUUGCUGUCUAACACCUUUGCGGCUGGUUUUAUGUGGCUGGAUAAAUUGGGCCUGUCAGCCAGGAUGGGCAUAGAAGUGGUGAUGAGGCAAGCAUUUUUUGGAGCCGGGAACUACGAGUUAGUGGAUGAAAACUUCGAACCUUUGCCUGAUUAUUGGCUCUCUCUUCUGUUCAAGAAACUGGUGGGCACCAGCGUGUUAAAGGCAAGUGUGGAGGGUCCAGCCAGAGGCCAGCUUCGCGUGUACCUUCAUUGCACCAACGGCCGCCACCCAAGGUAUAAAGAAGGAGAUUUAACUCUGUAUGCCUUAAACCUUCAUAACGUCACCAAGCAGUUGCAGUUACCACAUUAUUUAUUUGACAAAGAAGUGGACAGAUACCUUGUAAAACCUUCAGGACCUGCUGGAUUAUUUUCCCAAUCUGUCCAGCUCAACGAUAAAGCUCUGAAGAUGGUGGAUGACCAAACCCUACCAGCUUUGACAGAAAAACCUCUCAGCCCGGGGAGUCCGUUAAGCUUGCCGGCUUUCUCAUACGGGUUUUUUGUGAUAAGAAAUGCCAGGGCUGCUGCUUGCCUCUGAAAAUGAAUGGCAUCCACUAGCCUUGAGAUUGAAUUUUUCAAGUGUAUUGAGAAGAAAGCAAAACACAAGCUAAAGGAAAGUGAGCAGAUACAUUAUAAACCAACCGGUGGGAGCUUUAGCGACACGGGAUACCCUCAGGCUAGACUUAACACAGUAUUUUUCCCUUUACGUAAACCACUGCUAGUACUAAUACCUUGUGCCAAACACUGUUCUUGUACUUUGCAUUUCAUAUUUUUAUUUAAGGUUAUUAAAAAUGUAUAUGAAUGCUUCCAGUACAGCCAGGAGGCAAGUAAGGAAAGGACAUAUUAUUAGUUCUAAGAAAGUGCUUAGUUGUUUUUAUUUUCAAAAACAGUUGUUAGAAGAUUGUCAGUCUUUCCUGCGUACGCUGUCUCCAUGGGCUCCCAUAAGAAAGAGUUUACAGCCAUAACCUUCCAACUGCCCAUAAAAGAGAGCCCAUCUCUAUGCACCUUAACGCAGAGCGAGGUUCAGUUGCUGCUGCUUUUCUUUAUUCUUUGUCAGCAAUACUAUGUGAGAGGGCAGAUGGUGGAUAGUAUAAGAAAUGAUUAAUGACAAUCAUUUUGACAGAUUAUGUAAAAUUCAAACAAAAUAAAAAAUAACUAUAAGGGAAAUUGAUUUACCAGGAGGAGAAAAUUUAGUUCAAUACAUUAUAACCAUCUGUCAGUGUUUACCUUUGUUCCACCUUUAGUUCUUGCUUUAGUUGGGGAGCUUUUGGCUGCAAGUAACAGAAAAUCCUGAUUCCAAUGGCUUAAUAAGGACAUUUAUAAUCCCAAGUUACAAGAAGUGCAAACAGGGAGGGCUCCACAGCUCAGUAAGGACCCAGGCUCUUUCCAUCUCUGCUCUGCUGCCUUUAGUAUUGGCUUCAUUCUCAGGCUGGUGGCAUGAUGGUUGUAGCUAUUCCAUUGGCCCGUGGAGACCUGGCAGGAUCCAGAGAAAGAAGAUGAGCAGUUUUUCUGUGUCUCCUUCAAAGCCUUGCAGAACCCCUGUCACAGAGGUUCUCCCAGCAAACCUCUCCUUGUUUCUCCUCAUGUCUUAUUGGUCAGGAGUGGAUCGCAAGGCCAUUCUUCCCGGUCACUGCCAACAUCACUGAGAAUCCUGCAGUUGUCUGUUAGUAACCUUUUGGAAUGUAGUGGGUGUUGGGAAGUACAUGGCACUGACCACUACCGUUCUGUGCUUUUAUCAGUGACAGGAUGUAUUAUUUUCUCCUGUAUCUUAAUUAUAAUUAAGAAUAUAAAUAUAAUCAUCUUCAUACUUAUGCCAACUAUGAAUAAAUAUUACCUCAAUUAAAUUUAAUUACAUUUAUGAGGAGCUAAAGCCGGAACUUAAAUUUGGAUGCUUAAAUACCCUAAAAUUUUUUAUGUAUGAGGUUUUUAUAUUUUCACAGUUGAAAUAAAGCAAUUUUUAUAAUCUCAGUAUUGCAUAAUUAUAUUAAUAAAGCUUAAGCCUACAGAUCCAUA